AUGACUUACGUCUCAAAUGAUCCCAGUUACUGGCCAACAAUCAGUUCCGACAUUUUUUCUAGCUAUUGGAACAUUGCCGCGGGCGUCGUGGUGGUAUACGAUUGGGUCUUAACACUCGGGCCAGAGAUACGCUAUAUUGGAAUACCGUAUUCGGUGUAUUGUCUCAUACGCGCUGUGUUCCAUUUUUCUGACCGGCAGGACACAGAAGUUAUGCCAUCGGUAUUGCUGACAGAUGCAGGGUGCGCUAUCGUGUACUAUGCACUGAGUUACAUAAAUAUGGCCUUGACUGCCAUGUUGGGCGUGAUCAUGAUUGCUCGGUUGCAUGCCAUGUAUCAGGGAUCUAGAACGAUGCUUAUCUUCCUUGUUAUUAUCUUCCUGGCUGUAAACAUUGCCUGCGGAGUAAUCGUUGGAAUAGCAACCACAGAUGUUGUAGGGGGGAACGUGCAGCCUCUGUUUUCAAUGACUUGGAUCCUCAACACUGUUUGGGAGGUCCUCGCACUGUGCCUUUCAGUCUGGGUUGCUGUGAAACACUUCCGCGAGCUGCGACGACUCAGCCCAUCGACAGGAUCGACCAUCGGGGACUGUUUCAGAGUGCUCAUACAAUCUCAUGUUCUCUACUUUGCAAGUUCCGCACAUGUUAGCUUUGUUGGUGUUUCUUGCCUCGAGCUUACUACUCUCUCUGCUGAAAUCAUGAAUUCGAAUUCUAUUGGAGUUUCGAUACUCGAAGGUGCUCUUCAAAUUUUAUCGGUCGUGCAAAUAUUUGUGCUAGGACCACGCCUCAUCUUGAGCGUUCGAGAAUACCACGCCAAACUCGUGGCAUACUCCGACGCAGAAACUAGCAUGAAUUCGAUUGUUUUCCAGGAGCAUGUACAUGUAUCGACUAGCAGUACUGUGUAG